AUGUUUAAGAGUAGUCCAGUCGGAUCCCCUUCCGCCGGUAAUGAAUCCGAUGAUAAUCAAUCUACAUCUGUAACCCCGGCCACCAAGAAUCGAAUUCUUAGAAAGGACGCAGACCCUCAUACGAAGAACCUGUCAAGUAUCAGAACCAUUUGUUUUGGAAAAUAUGAAAUCGAAAUUUGGUAUCAAGCCCCAUAUCCACAAGAAUAUGCAAGUGUACCGAAUGGACAACUUUGGAUAUGUGAAUGUUGUUUGAAAUAUUUCAAAACUCAAUUUCAAUAUGAAAGACAUCGAACGAAAUGUAAGACGAUGGUACCACCAGGAGAUGAAAUCUAUCGAGAUUUAACCAAUGGAAUUCAUAUUUUUGAAGUAGAUGGACGGAAAAACAAAUUGUAUUGUCAAAACCUUUGUUUAUUAGCCAAGAUGUUUUUAGAUCAUAAAACACUUUAUUAUGAUGUAGAUCCGUUUUUGUUUUAUGUGAUCACUCAAACUAAUCAUAAUUUAACAGUAGCUAAUGGUGAAAGUGGUAGUGAAGGUGGAUGUGAAUUUGUUGGAUAUUUUUCAAAGGAAAAAAGAAGUCCUACUAAUAAUGUUAGUUGUAUUAUGACAUUACCUGUUAGACAGAGGAAAGGAUGGGGUAAUUUUUUGAUUGAUUUUAGUUAUUUGUUAUCUAAGAAAGAAAAAAGGGUGGGUACACCUGAAAAACCAUUAUCAGAUUUAGGAUUAUUAAGUUAUCGAAAUUAUUGGACAUUAGCAAUUACUAGAUACUUAUUAAGUACAGACGUUACAGAACAAAUCACACUUGAAGAUAUUGCAAAUCAUACAUCAAUAGCAUUAAAUGAUGUUUAUUAUACU